ACAGCGAAGCCCAAGUUAGGGAGCGAGCGGAGCGCUCCCGCGGCCCCGGAGCCGGAGUGGCCGCGGUGCCCCGGAGCCCGGCCCGGCCCCGCCCGCUGGGGCCCUCUCGGGCCCAGGCCGCCGGGAGGGGGGCGGGGACGCCCAACUUGGGGCGCGGCGCAGCCCCGCUCUCCCGAGAUCGCGGAGCCCGGGAAUGCCACGGCGGCGGCCAGACGGCGGGAGAGGAGCGGGGAGAGAGGAGGCGGCCGGCAGCUCCUGAGCCCGGGCCUCCGCAAGAGCGCGAAUUAUUUUCAAAGGACUCAAACUUUCCUCUUUCCCUUGCUGGCUGCGGUCCCUUUUGCUUUGGAAUCGUUCUCUGGAUUCCCGCGGGGGCGCCGGGACGCGAUCGCCUCCCCCGGAUUCCUCGGCGGCGGCUCGGCUAACUUCGCGGACUCGGGGACCCGGAGCGCUCGCCCCGCUGCCGAACCCAGUCCUCGCUGCUCCAGCGCUCCAAAGGACCGGGACCCGGGCGCCCUCGCCUCCGGGAAGGGCGCCCAGCCGGGUUCCCUUGGGUCGGGCUACGGAGCCCUCCACACCUACUGCAGGACUGGAGCCAGCGGAUUAACCUAAGCAGAGUCCGGGCCUCCUGGCCUGGUUCCGCGGAGGGGCGUCCCCUGGGCGGGGAAAAGACAAGUUUGUCAGGCAUCGGUGGCCUGUUGGAUCGGAGCGCGGCCGCCGCAGCAGAGAAGUCCCCCCGCGUUCAGCACCCUCGGUGGACAGCCCUGGGGACCUAGGACUGUUCGGUGGCCGAGCUUUCUGGGCCAGGGAGCUGGCUGCUGCGCCCGGUGCGCAGAGGCUUCAAGGUCUGGGGCAGCGCCCCCUGCGUCUCCACCCGGGCAGCCGCCCUGUGGGAAGAGGACAGAGCCGAGUCGCGGCUUGCUCAGACUCCCAGUCUCGGUCGCCGCCCUCUCCGUCGCGACUCAGGGAAAAGGAGGGAACGCAGAGGGCAAAGCGGUGCCCCGGCGGAUGCGCCCCCCGCCGCCUCUCAGGCUGCGCCGCCUCGCGGGGAUGAAGCACUGGCCGUGAAGAUGGAGGUGACCUGCCUUCUACUUCUGGCGCUUAUCCCCUUCCACUGUCGGGGACAAGGAGUCUAUGCUCCAGCCCAGGCCCAGAUUGUGCAUGCGGGGCAGGCCUGUGUGGUGAAGGAGGAUAACAUCAGCGAGCGGGUCUACACCAUCCGGGAGAGCGACACCUUGGUGCUGCAGUGCCUGGUCACGGGACACCCUCGGCCCCAGGUGCGGUGGACCAAAACUGCCGGCAGCGCAUCGGACAAGUUCCAGGAGACGUCGGUCUUCAAUGAGACUCUGCGGAUCGAGCGCAUCGCCCGCACGCAGGGAGGUCGCUACUACUGCAAGGCGGAGAACGGAGUGGGCGUGCCAGCCAUCAAGUCUAUCCGAGUGGACGUGCAGUACUUGGAUGAGCCUGUACUGACGGUGCAUCAGACGGUGAGCGACGUCCGAGGCAACUUCUACCAGGAGAAGACCGUGUUUCUACGCUGUACCGUCAGCUCCAACCCGCCUGCCCGCUUUAUCUGGAAGCGGGGCUCCGACACCCUGUCCCACAGCCAGGAUAAUGGGGUUGACAUCUACGAGCCUCUCUAUACUCAGGGGGAGACGAAGGUCCUGAAGCUGAAGAACCUGCGGCCCCAAGACUAUGCCAGCUACACCUGCCAGGUGUCCGUGCGCAAUGUGUGCGGCAUCCCAGACAAGGCUAUCACCUUCCAGCUCACCAACACCACGGCACCUCCAGCCUUGAAGCUGUCUGUGAACGAAACUCUGGUGGUGAACCCUGGGGAGAACGUGACAGUGCAGUGUCUGCUGACGGGCGGCGAUCCCCUCCCCCAGCUGCACUGGUCCCACGGACCUGGCCCACUGCCCCUGGGUGCUCUGGCUCAGGGUGGUACCCUCAGCAUCCCUUCAGUGCAGGCCCGGGAUUCUGGCUACUACAACUGCACAGCCACCAACAAUGUAGGCAACCCAGCUAAGAAGACGGUCAACCUGCUGGUGCGAUCCCUGAAGAACGCCACAUUCCAGAUCACCCCGGACAUGAUCAAAGAAAGCGAGAAUAUUCAACUCGGUCAGGACCUGAAGCUGUCGUGCCACGUGGACGCGGUGCCCCAGGAGAAGGUGAACUACCAGUGGUUUAAAAACGGCAAGCCGGCACGCACGUCCAAGCGGCUGCUGGUGACCCGAAAUGACCCCGAGUUGCCCGCUGUCACCAGCAGCCUGGAGCUCAUUGACCUGCACUUCAGUGACUACGGCACUUAUCUGUGCAUGGCUUCCUUCCCGGGGUCACCAGUGCCUGACCUCAGCAUAGAGGUCAACAUUUCCUCAGAGACAGUACCACCCACCAUCAGUGUGCCCAAGGGCCGAGCAGUGGUGACAGUGAGGGAGGGCUCUCCUGCUGAGCUCCAGUGCGAAGUUCGUGGCAAGCCCCGGCCUCCAGUGCUGUGGUCUCGGGUGGACAAGGAGGCCGCCCUUCUGCCCUCGGGGCUGGCCCUGGAAGAGACUCCGGAUGGGAAGCUGCGGCUGGAGAAUGUGAGCCGCGACAUGAGCGGCACCUACCGCUGCCAGACAGCUCGCUACAAUGGCUUCAACGUACGAUCCCGGGAGGCUCAGGUGCAGCUGACAGUGCACUUCCCUCCAGAGGUGGAGCCCAGUUCCCAGGACUUGCGCCAGGCGCUGGGCCGGCCUGUGCUCCUGCGCUGCUCGCUCCUGCGUGGCAGUCCCCAGCGCAUCGCCUCGGCCGUGUGGCGCUUCAAAGGACAGCUGCUGCCCCCGCCGCCUGUUCUCCCCGCCGCUGCUGUGGAGACCCCCGAUCACGCCGAGCUGCGCCUGGACGCCCUGACCCGUGACAGCAGCGGAAACUACGAGUGCAGCGUCUCCAACGACGUGGGCUCAGCCACCUGCCUCUUCCAGGUCUCGGCCAAAGCCUACAGCCCGGAGUUUUACUUCGACACCCCCAACCCCACCCGCAGCCACAAGCUGUCCAAGAAUUACUCCUAUGUGCUACAGUGGACACAGAGGGAGCCAGACGCUGUGGACCCCGUGCUCAACUACAGACUCAGCAUCCGACAGUUGAACCAGCACAAUGCCAUGGUCAAGGCCAUCCCCGUUCGUCGUGUGGAGAAGGGACAGCUGCUGGAGUAUAUCUUGACUGACCUCCGAGUACCCCACAGCUAUGAGAUCCGCCUCACACCCUACACCACCUUUGGGGCUGGUGACAUGGCUUCCCGCAUCAUCCACUACACAGAGCCUAUCAACUUGCCCAGCCUGUCAGACAACACCUGUCACUUUGAGGAUGAGAAAAUCUGCGGCUACACCCAGGAUCUGACAGACAACUUUGACUGGACGCGGCAGAAUGCUCUUACCCAGAACCCCAAGCGCUCUCCUAAUACUGGGCCCCCUACUGACAUCAGUGGCACCCCUGAAGGCUAUUACAUGUUCAUUGAGACAUCCAGACCCAGGGAGCUGGGGGACCGUGCAAGGCUGGUGAGUCCCCUGUACAACGCCAGUGCCAAGUUCUACUGCGUCUCUUUCUUCUACCACAUGUAUGGGAAACACAUCGGCUCCCUCAACCUUCUGGUGCGGUCCAGGAACAAAGGCGCUCUAGACACGCAUGCCUGGUCCCUCAGUGGCAAUAAGGGUAAUGUGUGGCAGCAGGCCCAUGUACCCAUCAACCCCAGUGGGCCCUUCCAGAUUAUUUUUGAGGGGGUUCGAGGCUCGGGCUACCUGGGGGAUAUUGCCAUAGAUGAUGUCACACUGAAGAAGGGAGAGUGUCCCCGGAGGCAGAUGGAUCCCAACAAAGUGGUUGUGAUGCCAGGCAGCGGAGCCCCGCGCCUGUCCAGCCUGCAACUUUGGGGAUCCAUGGCCAUCUUCCUCUUGGCGUUGCAGAGAUGAUGAGAGCUGUGUGGCCCCCACCCCGCCCUGCCGCCGGCACACCAAAGUGUCCACAUCGUACCAAAGACUGACCCCUGCCAGCCGGGGUGCCUAGGGGCGGGGCCAGCCCGCCAGGGAGGGGGCCUUCAUUGGCUGCAUUGAUGAGCAGAGAACUCGGACAGAGGCCAGGCCAGGCUCUGGUGGUUGUUCAACACACGCACACACUCACACUCACCACAGAUAUAUUAAAGCACAAGUUUUUAUUCGACCUGCCAGCACCUUCUUACUGUGGAGAUGGGACUUACGUGAAUGGCGUCCACCACCUCCAGGGACCUUGGUGCGACAUAGGACUCAUCUUGUCUGCACACUGCGCUGUGUCUGUCUGACCUUGCCUUGUCCCCUGACUCAAGGCCGAACUCCAGCCCAGAGGCUUGCCAGAAGGGAGCCAGAUGUGGGCAGAAUAUCAGACUUGGGCUGCCUGGAUGGAGGUCACAGGGUGCAGAGGCAGGCCAGUCGGGACUCUGUGAGCUCUCCGACUGCCCCUUGAUCAGAGGCUGACAAGGAAGGGGCACCUGCUUCAGAGUGGACACAUUGCUCAACUCAGAUCCCCUGACCUGUUCCUAGGACUCCCUCUUGCCCUCCCCACUGUACCCACUUGAGAGGGCCCGCAGCACAGGGCUUAGGGUAUGUACAGUAUUAGGACUAUCUCCCACCUUCUGCCUGACUCUGACCAGCCGCUAGAUGCCACUCCAGAGAGUCCCAGCUUGGGACUUCCAGGGACAGGGGGCGCUGAUAUGUGAGGAGUGGUGUCCAUAUUAUAUACCCAGGUGAGGAUUGGCACUGGGAAGCACAGAGCCUGGCCUCUGUGACCCCAUGUUCCCACAGAGAACAUGAAGUCACAGUGGAGUGGACCCCCUGUUUCUUAGGUAUUUGAUCAGAGAGUCUGGCAGAGAGGACUGGGGAGGAUAAGACACUGUCUAGUCAGCCCUGUGGAGUAGAGGGGUGAGGGAGGGAGAUGGAUGGAGGUGGCUGCAUUUCUUUGUUCCCUGGGAGCUGGGAAGAGGUUUUUGUCCUUGGAACUGUUAGGAUAGGAUCUAGAACUUUCCUCUUUGGGUCCCUUUACCCACUACCUAGCUUCCACAGGAGAGCAGAAUCCUAACCUCUGUGUGUCCAUGUUUGAGUGUGUCUGUAUGUGCAUCUCUGCAGGUGUGAAAGCGUGUGUGCCCAUCUGUGUCCAUGUACCACUGUGCGCAUCAUUGGAUGGGAGCGUGCAGGAACACGAGGUAGGGCGUAGUAAACCCUGUCUCUGUGGGUGAGUGGCAGCGUGCAGUCUUCACCUCAAUGACAUGUUUGUGGGGUGCUGGCCCUGUCUGCAGUCUCAGAUUGCCUGCUAUGGCCUUUCAACCCCCUUUGGAUGACAAAGAGCUUACAGAUGACCCUAUUGAAGGCUAGCUCCUUGGCUGGAGGUGUGGCACAGGGCUCUUCCCUGUGCAUUGUGGGGGACAGUUGCAGAGAAGAGCCUGGAACCCCAGCUUCAUCGCAGCACCCGGAGGCUCACUGAGGAUUGAGACCCUUGCUGCUUAGCCCUCAACCCCACCUGGCUUGUAUCAUCAUCACCACCACCACCAUCACCAUCUUCUUCACCACCAUCAUCACUGGCUGCUAGAAGGUCAGGCCAGGCUACAGCAGGGCAUCCUGGUACCCAAUCAGUGUGGCCGCCUUCCUGGCCCUUCAAGCCCUUUGUCCAAAGUGAGUUGCUCUGUUUGCAGAAUAAGAUUCUGUGACAUCUGCAGGGUAUUGCUCCUUAAUUAUCCCAUCUGUGCCGAGUCUACUACCCCAACUAGACUGUGAGUCCCUCCCACUCUGAGCUCCUCCUUCAUUCUUGCUCACGAGAGACACUAGAGUAGAAACCUUGUAGAAUGGAUUCUAUAAGCCAGUAGUCCCUGGCCCUGGCUAUAGAAUCAACUGAGCAGGGGUCAGCCUAAGUGUAGGGUGUGAUUUAACAUCUUGGGAACACAGCCUGGUAUUAGAAACAUUAAGAAACCUCUUAGGAUAACCCGAGAGGGGAAGCCAGGGUCGUCUCAACUCCAGGGCCUCUGAGUCAGUGCUAUGUUGGAGAAAUGGCUCCCUCUGCUCCUCCUGGGGUUCCUGCUUCACCCUAAGCCUGCUCCCCCAUAUCGGCCCACUGUCCUCACUGCUUUAUUGUGGGGACUCCUCCUUCUGUAUCUUAGAGCUGGACACAGGAAAGGUUCAUAGUAUGUGUAGGCCCCAUGUUCCCGAACCUUCUUUGUGGUGAGAGCAGACAUGCCUGAGGGUGUGUGGCCUGAGAUUACAAAGCCUGUUUAAGAAGCCCACCCUCCUGUGCAAGUGAGUGAGGCUGGGGUGUGCUAGUCUAGAAGAGCCCACUGUGUGCAGGGGCUGUGUGGUUGAUAUGUGUGUGCAUGUACCAGAAGCAUUUAGUCAUGUGCAGGGUUGAGAGUAAGUGUAACUGUAGGGCAGGAGCCUUUUGCACAUGGACACCUGUGAGCCUACAUUCCUGUAUGUUUGAGUGUGGGGUCCAUGUUGGGGUAGGUGGCCUGUGAACACCCCGGUUCCAGAUCAGGCUGAAGGGAUCGAGAGGAUUGAGCGGAUCUCUACAGUGGCAGCCUCACCCUCUUUGCUGGGGGAACUGAGGGAAAUUGUGGCCUUAAAGCAGGGAUCCCAGAGUAAAGCUCUCAGGGUUCUGGGGUCCUUUUACUCCUGGCCCCUACAAGUUAGUGUCUGGGAGGAGAAAGGCAUUCUUGGGACCAGGCAGUAAAGAACAGCUGAUGGGUGGUAGCCUCAGCUGGGCUGUCCUGCCCCUUGGGACCACAGUUAACCUACAUGCCUCAUUCGUCCGUGAAGACAAAACCUGCUGCUCCUGGCACACUCCUCCCAUAAUUCCCUCUUUCCCACUCACCAUCCUUCUCCUGUUCUCUGGAAGCACCUGUUCAGGCUAGCGGGGCCAGAAUGAGCCUCGGAAAUGCAGGCUUUCCACGGCUCGAACGCAGAAGCUGGAACAGAGACGGGCAGGCCUGGCUCAAUUCUUGGAAGCCUAGUGCUACAGCCCUGGGGAUGUCGUAGCACUGAUCACUGCUCCUGGGAACCUCUUACCAGAAUAGCUACAGACAGCUGAGUGGAACUGACCCUUCUCUGGGUGCUCUCCAUGCUGCCGAGGCCGGUUACAUGUGUGACAGGUGUUACUCGAAUAUUUUGAGAGAGAAACCAUCUUCCUGUCCUACUCUGCCCUCUUCUCCCAGACUGCGGACACCUCGCCCAUGGACAGCACGGUUGCCACAUGGAGACUGUUACUGUCACCACUACUGUCUGCACAGGCUGGGCUGGGAACCGAGGCUGGCGGAGGCUGGUGUCUCAUCAUCGGGACCAGGAGGGCUGCAGAAGACAUGAAGUGCUCUUGGAUUUUCCUCUGAUUGGACAGCUCCAUGGGACUAGGGAGGGUUGUUUCCAGGGAAUGUCCUAGGAGUGUGAUGAAUGAACCUCCCUGUACCGGAGAGUUCCUGCAGGCCACUGGCUGAGCUCAGAUUCUGGGUUCAUUCCAUUCUGUCAGUACUGGGCAUAUGGGUGCAUGUGUGUGUGUGUGUGUGUGUGUGUGUGUGUGUGUGUGUGUGUAUGUGUAUGCAGGAGGGCCACUCUUUUCUGGAGAUCUCUUCACCCUUAGCACUGGAAUGGACCUUAAAGGACAUCGAAUCUGGUGUGCCCACUGUACAGGUGUGAAAACUGAGGUUCAGAGAGAAGGCAUCUGCCUGUCCCCAUCCCUCUCCCUUCCAUGUUUGGCCUGCAUUCAUUGUCCAGGGGUCCUGAUAAAAAUUCUCUCCCUCCUAGCACCUUCCUGCCCUCCACCCACCCAGACAUCCCAUUUUCCCCCAACCCCCAAUCUCAGCCCAGUUCUGCAGGAAGGGGCCUGCUCCAGGGCAUCCCCAACCAUUACCACCCCCUACCCCAGGGAAGUCUGAUCAUCAAAUGCUUAUCCCCAUCCCAUAAGGGACAGGAAAGUAGGGACUAUUCCUGCCCUGGCGCCUCACAGAUGGAGGAAAGCCAAUCCUCCCCAUAUGCCCAGGCCCACUCGUCUGCCCUACCUACCCUGCCACCAAGCUAAAAGCACAACAGGAGACCCCCUACACACACUCAUGGGUGACACGGGGGUCUCUCACGACCCUGAUGCACCCCUUUGCCUUGCUCUCUGUCUCCACCCAGCCUCUGUUUUCCACCACCCAUCUUUCGCUCUUCCACAACCCCCAAAAUGUAACCUCUAGUUGCGGACGCGGUUGUUCCAAUCAAUAAAGAUGCAGUGUUCUAGAA